UCACACUAACAAGUGACUGCAUCAACAGUAAAUAAAUUUUUUAUACGUGGUUUGUUUUGUCAGUCUGUUUUUGAUUAUUAUUUGAAUGUGCGCACAAAAUGCACGGCAAACUAAGUGAAAUGGAAACACGCAUUGUAGAGCGCUUAAAUCAAGAAAUUGGCAAAGAUGUCACCAAAUUACAUCGAGCUGCAUUGCUGCUUGACGAUUACAAGGAAAGAUUGCAGGUCCUAAAUCAAACCCUGAACUAUGAAGAUCCACAGAACGGGUCCAGUUAUAAGUCGGCAUUCCACUGUCAGCAGCAGGUCUGCGAUAGCAUCGAUUUUGAGCUGGAGAAACUAGCCCAGUUUGGUGCACAACUAAAACUGAAACUAAAGGAAUGUCAACCGGCUUUGGAGGGCGUAUCAGAGGAUCUACAACAGGUGCGGAAGCUGCAGAGUGUCACACAAUACCUGCGCCUUGUGCAGGAUGUGCAGGAAAUCAGUGCUGCCCUGGGAAGUGCCAUCAAUGGCAAGGACGAGGCAAAGCUUGUCAACAUCUAUUUGACACUUUACGAGGGCAACGACAGCGAACACAGCGUAGUGGGUCGCUUGCAAGCCAUAAAGGCGCACACACUCAGAUCCUAUGCGGUCUCUACUGCCAUCUAUUGGCACAAGCUGUUAAUGCAGCGUCUAUCCAGCGAAUUUGAGGCUGUGCUCAAGAGCUUGCGCUGGGCACACAUGGAACAGCAGCCUCUGAACUAUUCCCCCAGCCGGGACACUGCCAAGGCGCAACUGCUAGCCGAAUACAUGUUCCUUAUCAAGUCGCCGGCAGAAGAGCAUGCCCCUCUGCAAAGUAUCACUCCCAGUGUCGUGUGCCCACCCAUUAGUCAGGUGGUUCAACUCUUGUUGGCUCCGUAUCGUCAGCGUUUUAUGUUCCACUUCACGGGCACGCGGCAAACGAAUCGUUUGGACAAGCCCGAGUGGUUCUACACCCAGAUUCUAAACUGGGGCAAGGAGUCGCAUUUUUUUGUCGGUAACACAUUUCAGCCAUCCGCCAUGAAGGCUGGAAAACUGGACUACAAUCUGCGCUUGGAGUUUGUGCGUGGUCUUGUGCAGUUGACGAUUGAGAAACUUGCCGUGGACAUUGAACAAAUUGCGCAGGACGAGCAAUUGUUUGCACAUCUAGUGGAUGAGACGCUGUCCUUUGAGGCAGAGUUAUGUGAGACAUUCGGCUACCCCGCUAGCUUUCCAAGUGCUAUUUCCGUGCUCACUCAGCCAAGGUAUCUGCUGCGCUGGAUUGCCCUUGAAGAGCAGUUUUGUGCGGAGAAAAUGGACGACAUUCUACAGGCAGAGACGCCCUUUCAGCUAAUCGAUCCCAAUACCUACGAGGAUGAUUUAAAGAUUCCCCGAUGCGCCGAUCAAUUCAUGCGCCUUCUAGAAGCAAUCAAGGAUCGCUACUAUGGACUUGUGCAACCGGGACAUCAACUGCAAUUUUUGAAUCUGCAGCUUGAGCUAAUCGACAGCUUCAGGCGGCGUCUAGUGCAGCUGCAUAGCAGUGGUGCCAUUGCCAGUUUGCCCGUGCUCAAUGCUAUUAAUUAUCUGAUCAUGGUGCUGCGUGAAUGGGGCGAGAAUGUCCAUUAUCUGCAUCUGCAUUCAGCACUCGCCGGACCAAAUGCUAACGAGAUCAAUUCGGUGUUUGAGCACGCUGUCGCUGAGCUGGGGCAUUGGGCACAUCAGCUAAUGGAGAACCUCGCCAACAAAGCGGUCAAUGAAAUGAAGGCAAAGUCAAUGAAUUAUCGACACGAUGUGUGGCCCAGCAUGCCCGAGCAGAACAGCAAGGAACCCUUUAUACUCUCGCCUAGCGGUGGUGAAAUGUUCCAAGUGCUGGUUACUUUGCUGCAUAAUUUGGAGCGUGAAUUGUCGGCGAAUCUGUUUAAUCAAACACUGCGUUUAAUAGCUCAACAAAUCGAUGAAUUUAUGUUGGAAAGCAUGGUGAUGCAUACGCGUUUCUCGACUGCGGGAGCAUCGCAAUUUAAUUACGACAUGACACUACUCUUUGCUCUCUUCGGACAGCACACUCGACGCCCCGAGCUGCUCUUUAAACGAAUUCACGACGCUAGCAAAUUGCUGACAGCGGCACGGGGCACAGCUUUAUUAUUGCUGGAAACGUUGAGGAGCGGGCAGACUGUGGAAGAGAAGACAAAGCCACUGCAUGAGCUACGCGUGCUCAGCUUAGACAGCAAACAAUGCAUUGAGGUGCUCGAACGACGCACCGACAUUAAAAUGUUUUAAAAAUAAAUGCAUACGUGGCAAAAUUAGUGAAUAUAAUUGUAAUUAUUACCAAGUCUUAUCUUCGGCACGCCGAAUUUGUUUAUAAAAUCUACAUUAGAAAUCACUUAACUGCCACGAUAUCAACAACUCAUGGAAUUUGCAAACUACUUGAGGCAAAUUAGACUGCAACUAUAUUUAUAUUACCCCUGCAGAUUGUUCCUUUAGCACUAUUACUUUUCGACGUAAUUAUAAUAACAUGCAAAAAUUGGACAAGUGAAUGUUUUUAUCAUCAAUGAAUAAAAUAUGUAAUUACACAUAUUGUUCGUAUAAUACAAUGAAU